AUGGCUGACUCAGAGAGCGACGACCGUGAGAAGGGCAGCAGCUCGACUGGAGGUGCUGAAGUCGAGACUGAUGCAGUGGGGCCGCAGAGAACGAGAGGAAAGCGAUACGAUCUGUCAGCUCUUUUUGCGGAAGAAGAAGAAGCAGUCGAAGAACCUGAUGACUCUUCUUCUGCAUUGACUGAUGAAGAAGUCGCAAGUCCAUCACCAGGACCGGGUCCUCAUGCGAGUCCCAUGCUUGGAACCGCGUCAGGCGACGAUUCUGACGACAGCGACGAAUGGGCAUCCGGCCGAAGAGAGCGACGAAACCCCGAAUCGCGCAAGAGCAGGGUGGGAUCCGAAGGUCGUCCGGAUGAGGAUGCCGAAGACCAGCCCGACGUCGUCGCCACGGACCUGUUUCUGGCCUUGCCCUCGGACGGCCCAGGACUCAUGCAGAUCAUCGCCAAAAUAGAAGCUGACCGGACCUUAUGCUUCAAGAUGCGGUGGUACGUUGCAAGACACGUCCGCAAGCUGUACACGCGUAAGAAGCCCCCGAGUCUUCAACCCUACCAACGACCAAUUCGCAACGCACUGCAGCAUUACGUUCCUGGAAAGAUGGGACGUCUCCGGUCCCGGCCUUUCAACCGCCUCGACUUCGAGGCAACUCGACUCCAUGAGGCCUUUCGCAAAGACCAGCCGGAUUGGGAAUCUAAGCGCGUCACUCAAGCGCUUCAGCUGGCGUACAGCACUUAUCAAUGGAACGAGACCAUCUAUAUCUCCGAAGUCGACGAAAUCCUCAUAGAAGCUGGCGCAGACCUAUCGCUCUUCGCCAAGGCUGAAAAAGCCAGCGGCUUUCGCAAGACACCCGCAGCUCACAUUGACGCGGCCAUCGACGUACAGGAACCCAACCCGGCCAAACCUGAUUCCGACUAUGCUCCCAAUAUCAGAAAAGGACGAUCUAGUACUGGUAUAGCCGUAGUUGACAACACACGGCGCAAGUCAACACGGCUCUCUGCUGAGGGCCCCAAUAGCAGGCGGCUCAUGACACGGGCAGAGUUUCGUCCUCGAGAUCUGGCUCACGACGAACAUGGUCCCAGUAGUGCCGUAUCUCCUCUUCAGCCUAAUGGAAACGACAAUGAUACCCCCGGUGUGACGGCGGGAUCUUCUGGUACCAGAGCGCUACAUGGAGAUCGGCAGCCACAGGAGCCUUUGCCUGACGACAUCAAUGCCUUGUGGGCAGAGAUAUCCGACCUCAAAAAGGAGGCCGAAACACAGAGACAAUUCACCCAAAGAGUUAUCGCGCGACACAGGACCGAGGUGGAGGAAACCAUCGACCGAGAGCGCCGGUAUUGGGGGACGUUCAUUACCGAGCACAAAGCCUCAACCGAAGCCCUCCUGACCGAGCUGCAAGCUAUGCGCGAGAAGGCGGAAGGAGUCAAGACGGUGGAAGGAAGCAAGGCAGCGGAAGGAAGCAAGAAGCGGAAGAGAGACGACAAGGACAGCACGAAGAAGAAAAAGAAGAUGCGCAAGUUGAUGCGCAGACUCAAGGAGCUGGAUGCAGACUCAUCUUCGGCCGACGAUUCGAGUAGCUCAGACGCAUGA